AUGAAACACAAGAGGCCAUCCUUCGCCCAGACAACGCCCUCUCUACCAUACGAAUACAAGCUUCGUAGAUAUAAGCCUAGGCGGAUCAAAAAAGAAGAGUCAAAAGAAGUAGAUGAAAUUGAAAGAUUUGCCUCAUUCCACACCGGCAGAAAGCACGAGGAAAAAGAGACUGCUCACUCGCACAAUGUGGUCUUCAGAAGACACAUCCGCAGAAAGGAUCUUGAGGCAAAAAUAAAGAAAAAUGCAAUGGACGCAGACGCAAUAAAAGAAAGCCCGCCCCCAACACAUUUUGAAGUACUGCUUGUGAAAGAGUCGCCAAGCAACAUCGUUUAUACAUUUGACGUGGUUCCCUGGGAGUAUUCCGUGGAUAAUAAAGAAGAAGAGCGAGAAACAGAAGACAGGCUCCUUCUAGACCACAACUACAACACGCUUCAGUGGGAGCAACAGAUUGUUUAUGAUGAUACCAUGAUAAACACGCAGCGGCUGGAUACCCACUUAGUCAUUGAUGCAAACGACAGGAAUCUUCUGUUCGACAUAAUUGAUAAAGAAGGGCCAAAGGAGAAAAAGCCAAAAAAGAAAAGACACCAAACCAGGCUGCUUUCCGGGAAGUACAACAUAUCGGGAGACAAGAACUAUGUGGAGCCGCAUGAGACGCUUAAGAGCGCUCUGGGUAUACAGGGCGUGCAGCACUCAAUUCCUGCGCUAAAGUUGGCACCUGAGCUGUACAAGACGUACCUUACAAAAGAAGAGCUCAGGCACUUCCAUAGGCCUCCACUACACAUUUCAUCUGGAACAGAAAUUAGGUUUGUGCCUUUACUGGAAAGCACUGCAAAGCCAUCUUCCAUCCUAAAGAAGAAGAAGGAUCUGACGCUCCGAGACACUGCAGACUUUCUGCUUCUGGAGUAUUCUGAGGAAAUCCCUCCGCUCAUUACAAAGACCGGAAUGGCCAGCAUCAUCACGACAUUCUAUAGGAAGUGCAACGCCAAGGACAGUUCUCCUGCAGAGCCAGAAAUAGGAAGCUUAACUGUUCUUGAGCCUAGAGAUCCAACCCCCUUCAUGUUUAUUGGAGAUGUGCAACCGGGCGAGAGCAUCCCUGGUAUUGUGAACAAUCUGUACAAGGCCCCGAUGGCCUUCCAUACAUCAGAGGACCUUCUGGCUGUAAGAACACACGGAGAAAAGUCGCUGUACUAUAUUCGCCCAAUUGAGGCACUCGCCUGUGUAGGACAAACUCUUCCUCUGGAUGAGGCAUUUAGCCCGCACUCAAGACGCCACAAUGUCUUCUGCAAGAACCGAAUGAAGGUGGCUGCGUACAGGCUCUUUUACGAAAAGGGCAACAGGGAAAGAAAGAUGUAUAUAUACCAGCUGGAUGAGCUUUUCCCGCACUUUAGCGAGGGAAGCAAGCGUAAGUGGCUAAAGGAGUACUCUGAAUGCAUAAAGAAGGGGAAGGACAACGUGUGGGUUCUGAAGCCCUCAGCUUCUUUGCUAAGCGAAGAGGAUCUUAGAAGAGCCGUGACGCCAGAAAAAGUCUGCCAGUAUGAAAGUAUGCUUGCUGAGGAAAGACGCCUGAAAGACGCAGGCAUUGUUUUAGCAUCUGUUGAGGAGGACGCAGGGGAUGACGAGGAGCUGAAGCUCACCGUGUGGAACUGCACGAGAAACUUUGUGAAUGCUGCGGGAGGAAAAGGUGUUUUGGAAAUAUCUGGAGCAGGAGACCCAACAGGAAUUGGGGAGGGCUUUAGUUUUGUCCGCGCCCGCAAAAAGGAGCGAGAGGCAGAAGAAGAUGGAGAGAAGAAGACAACUGUAGAGCAGAUGCAGGAGUACAAGGAUGAAAUAAAAAAGAUAUGGGAAGCACAAAUACAGGCGAUUAAGUCAACUAAGCUGCCAGAGCCCUCUGUGCAGGAAAAAGAAAAAGAAAGCGCAAAAACAAAGAAAGUUUUCCCAGAGGCGAAGACCGGAAAGAUUCUUUCUAUCACUAGAACAGUCCUAAGAGAUGACAAAAAAGUGCAGGAAACAGAGAUAGUCACAGACCCCAGGGUAAUUGAGGCAUACAUGAAGUCGCGUAAGAGACAGAAGAAGGAAGAGGCGAGAACCUCCUUGAAGUGCGGUUCUUGUGGCCAGAUUGGGCAUAUGAAGACAAACAAAACAUGCAUGAACUAUAAAGGAAAGGCGGCAGAGAAAAAAGAGAGAAAAAAAAGCCCGGCAGCAGUGCUAAGUGAGUUCAUUCUCGGGGUUAUAAAGGAGCUGUUUGCAGUUCCCUUUUCAGUGGCAUUCCACCGGCCUGUUUCAACCAAGAAGUUCCCAAACUAUCUUACGUUCGUGCCAAAUCCAAUUGACCUUACAACAAUGAAGACCAAGGCCAGGGCGAAUGGAUACAGUACAUAUGGGCAGUUCAUAGAGGAUGUCCAGCUAAUGAACAGAAAUUGCAGUACAUACAAUGGCCCUGGGCACUCUCUUACAAAGAUAUCAGAGGAAAUGCUGGGGGUAACUCUUUCUGCAUAUAGGAAAAGCCAAGAAGCAACCGGCACACCAGUGGAAACACCAUAUAAUGAACAUGAGUAA